CUGCAAAAAUCCCCCAAAACACAUGGACGGCGAUAGGCGGUCUCCGGCGGCGGCCGCGGCCGCAUCGGCGGCAUCGGUGCUUGACGACGACGACCUGCUCCGCGAGAUCCUCCUCCGCCUCGGCUUCCCCACCUGCCUCGUCGGCGCCGCCCUCGUCUCCAAGCGGUGGCUCCACCACGCCUCCGCCCCGGCCUUCCUCCGCCGCUUCCGCGAGCGCAACCCGCCCCGCCUCCUCGGCUUCUGCCUCUGCUACUCCAUAGCUUACCAGUGUCAAUUCGUGCCCCUCCCGCAGCCCCCGGAGCUCGCCGCCCCUGCACGCCGCGCAGCCUCCUCCUGCGACGACGCCUUCGCCCGCAGAAGCCUCCGAACCAAGCACUGCCGGAACGGCCGCCUCAUCCUCGACUCCUUCCACGACGACAUUCUUGAGCAUGCCCUCCUAGCGCCGCUGCUCGCCGGGGAGCUCGCAGCCGUGCUCCCGCGGACCCCGCAACGCAACCGUGGUUUCGAGGACCGCACUCAGAAGGGAUUCACUGGUAUGUUUCUACCCGGGGAUGGGGGCUGCGACGGCAUCACCUUGGUAAAUCUCUGGAAGGUCGAGCGAAAAGCCUAUGCGGAAGUGUAUGUCCUGGGAUCUGGCGGAUGGGGCGUCCCUGCGGGCUCCGUGGCAGAGGUAGAGCUCCCUGACGAUACCUUAAUUACCAAAAUGCUACCACCCGUCAAUGGCAAGCUCUUCAUGGAGACCAGCUUUGGGUGCACCCUGGGUCUAGAUCUGGCCGGGGCGAGCUUUUUCACCCUUGAGCUCCCCGCUGGAGUGCAGAGCAACUACAUGCUCUCAUGUGCGGAAGAAUCCGGGCUCUAUCUUGUCAGUGCAGAUGGGUUUCAGCUCAGUGUGUGGCUCCAUGGUAUGACGGGCGGCGGCAAUGCUGCAGGCGGUUGGCUGCUGGUGGACACAUUUUGUGUCCAUGAGACACACACACGUCUGCCUCAUGGUAAUUAUGUUGAUGUUGUCGCGGUGGGGGACAAUGCCGACUUUGUGUUCUUGGAUCAUCCAGCAAGUGGUGCUGUCUUUUAUGUUCAUCUGAAGAGCAGGGUAGUUGAGAAAGUCCAUCAGAGGAAGACAAGAGAAUUUGCUUCUUCCCGGAUAGAUAUCUCGCCCUUUAUGACGAUCUGGCCGCCUGUCUUCCCGGCACGGAAUGUAGGGCAUGAUCAAGAGGAAUAAACCCCCUUGCUUGCGUUUGAUCUUUGUCAUAUCUUCACUGGGUAUGAGUAUGACUUGUGUAAUAGAAAGGUAUGUUGCUGAUGAGGUGAUGGAAAUUGAUGAGAAUUUUCCUAUCUGGAUGGGUUUGAUUCCAUAAGUAGGACUGAAAAUUGGAAAUUGGAAAGGUGUACCAGUGGGAAGCAGAUGAUGAAUGUAUGGUUAUCCGUAGGACUGAAGGUAUGACUUAGGCUGGUCACAAUGGGGAGGAACUUAGGAGUAACAUCACACACUCCAAUACAACUUUGCUUAUGUGGCACAUAUUUAAUGAAG